AUGGCUGGUGAACUGAACCGACGAGUGCUGCAGCUGAUUCCCUCUGAUCUGGAAAAUGAUCCGAAGUUUUUAACCUUUCUCGCAGCGAACGUGCCAAAAGCAGAGCUCCAUAUCCACAUUGAAGGCGCGCUGGAGCCAGAGCUCGCGCUCAAGCUCGCCGCACGAAACAACGUCACCGAAGUGCUUUCGAAAUAUGAUAGCUCCGUCGCAAAGCUAAGAGAGUCCUACAACUUUAGUGAUCUACAGUCGUUCCUCAAUGUCUAUUACGAUACUAUGCAAGUGCUACGGACAGCUGAUGACUUUUUCUGUUUGACAAGAGCGUACCUGGAACAGGCCCGAAUACAGCACGUUCGCCACGUAGAGCUCUUCUUCGACGGACCGUUUCAUGUAAGACGCGGGGUACGGCUCUCAAGCGUGAUUGACGGGAUCCGCUCGGCGUUAGAAAACGCCGAAGCUGAAUGGGGCCUCUCCUGGCGCCUCCUCAUGUGUCUCCAGCGAGAACUGCCACCGGAGGAAGCGCUCCAUUGCGUCCGUCAGAUUGGACCCUACCGACCAUGGAUUCAUGGCAUUGGGCUAGACGGUGCCGAGAAGCCUAACCCUCCGGAGCGAUUCGCAGAUGCUUUCAAUCUGGCGCGCUCUAUGGGCCUGCAUUGUGUCGCCCAUGCAGGAGAGGAGGGACCACCUCCAUACAUUUACACGGCGUUGAACGUUCUGCACGUGGAACGUAUCGAUCACGGCGUUCGUGCAGUGGAAGACCCCUCACUACUGGAGAUGCUUCGUGUGAGAUUGGUGCCACUGACGGUGUGCCCGUUGUCGAACUGGCGCCUCCGUGUGGUAGAGAGUCUGGCACAGCAUCCGAUAAAGGAGCUCAUGGACGCCGGGCUGUGCGUUACUCUGAACUCGGAUGAUCCAGCCUAUUUUGGUGGCUACAUCAACGAGAAUUUCUCGGCGAUGAUUCACGAAAAACAUCUUAACUGUACGCAAGUCUUGGGGCUUUUGGAAAAUUCAUUCGUCGCAUCGUUCCUCGAGCCAAACCAACGAAAUCUUUUCUUGGGCGAGCAAUGCUCUGCAGUUGAGUCCUGUGUGCGUACGUGGCAAACAGACCCAAAUCGCCAUGAGAGCGUUGUCUCCACAGCAUAG